AUGCGUCAAGUCCAUGUAGCCCUCCAUGACGACGACGGCCGCCGCACCGCCGCCUACAAGGGCUGGGUGCCAGACGAGUACGUAGCGCGCAACCUCGUAGUUCAAGUACUUCUCUACUGGAACGUCUUGGGCACCACCGACUUGGCGGCGUGCUCGCUGCUGCCAGUGGCACCCAACGUGCCGCCGGCGCCCAUUCCUCUGACAACCCCGCUUGUGCAAAUACCGACGUCCCGCUUUUGUCUCGUCGUGUCGCCCGUGCUGGCGAUACCCCGGCGCGUGGCCUCGUCCGAAGCCGACGACGAACGGCGCGUCCAAAUGCUCUUUCGCAUGCAUGCGCUCCAGAACCCCUGGGGGCGGGACGGAACAACGAUCAAUUGGCAGCAGUUCAAGGCCAUGACACGCUCAAUCGCGCCGACGCCCGGGCGGCAAACCCAGUGGGACACGGCGCAGAUGGUCGCGUUCAAAACGCACGCGGUCCGCGGUGUCGGCCUCGACCUCGACAAGUUCCUGCACGCGUGGGCUUAUCUCGGGCAGCACUACCCGCGCUUCGCCUUCCAGCCGUGCACGUCGCUGCAGCAAGUGUAUACGCUCAUCGCGAAUAACAUGGGUCGCCCCAAGCUCGAUAGUAUUCUGGACCAGUGCGACGACCAGGCGUGGCUGCUUCGACUCCACGCUGUGCGCAAGCUACUGCAGCGGUACGCCAAAUCGCUCCACUACCUCCUCUCGGCGUUUGUGCCCACGACGGGGUCGCCGGUGCGCGUCGACUUUGCGGCGUUUCAAGCGUUCUGGGCGGCGCUUCGCUUUGGCCAGCAUUUUUUCGUCACGAGCGAAGAGGUUGCGGCAGCCUUUACGGUCGUCGCGUCAACCAACACUCGGACGAUUCCCGUGGCCGAUAGCGUACAUACCUUGCUGCACUUGGUGCUAUUAGCACUGCCGCGGCUCUUACCCGCGAUGCUGCCGCUGGCCACGAAAGCGAGCAUGGCGACUGCCCACAAGGACCUCCUUCGCUUACAAACGCUCGACGAGGCGUACCCAAUUGUCGUCGUCAAGCUGCUUGUUCAGCACCUUGUCGAUCGGUUGACGCCAGCCAACAUUGCCGCUCUCUCGCAGCGCGUUCACCACGCGAUGGCCUUUCGUCGAGGGGCCCAUGCGCUGCACCGCGCCUUCUUGAGCAUGUGCCAGGCCGACGGCGACUGUGACUACAUGGAGGAGGCGCGCCGGAGCUGGCUCUUGGAGCGGACAAGCACAACUGCAUUGGUGGAGAAGGCAGCUACCCUUCUCCACUCGGAUGACGAGCCCAUGAGCAAUGGUCGAUCGACCGCCGACCCGCUGGCGACGGCCGAUGAUUUGUACGCCAACAUGCUUCCGCAGCUGGCCCGCGACGACGUUGACGCAGCGGUCGAGGCGUGGGCGGCCGCCACCGAGCUCUACGACGCGGCACUCACGCGCGCCACUGUGAACGGCAUGGACGGAAUGCACGCGUCGCUUCUCUUCCGCUUUGGCGCGUCGCUCUCGGUGACGGCGUUUCAGAUCGCCAAAGCCCAUCCAGCUCGAGCCAGCUUGGCGCUUGAGAUUGCACACAUGGCCUCCGCCAAGCUUCAUGCCUACUGGGCGUACCUGUGCCUCAAGUCGCCAGACGACGAGAGGGAUGACCAAGACUGGAUCUACCGCUGCGUGCUCGAGUGGGCCAAUGCCCUCGCGCUUACGGGCGACCUUGUCGCUUCUGGCGCGCCGGACGCCGCCCUUGCAGCACGCUUGGCGUCGGCGCCAUCCGACCUCGGGGACACGAUCGAGCUCUGGAGCGUUCCCGGAGAUGCGUCUCGGGCUGUACACUACUACGAAGCCUGCCGACGCUACGAGCUGGCGCUGACGAUGCGUCCGUCCGCCAUCGUACACGACAGCUACGCCCAUGCCAAGAUGCAGCUCGUGCAAACAUUGCCGCUGGGGUGCCUCGCUAGUCGCUGGAUGGUGCCCGACCUGAUGGACCAGCGCCAAUUGUACCAACGACCCAUCAGCAGCGACCUCGAGGCACUUGCGUUUGUGACGGAGGCCUUUAGCAUCGAGCGCCCGUCGUCGGACGGCGGUUUGGUGCCGCUGUACGCGGUUGCGGUCAACUGGAUUGUUGCAACGUAUGGCGGGGAGCGCGGCGGUCUCUCCCACUCGAACGUCAACACGGUCAACGGCCUCUGCGGCUGCCCGCCCGUGACCGAAAGCACGAUGCAGUGGUUGUGCGAGACGUUUGAUGACACGCCGGCGUCGACAACGCUCUCGUCGUCCGGUUUUCAAAAGUACUUGGCCUUUCUAGCGACGGCCAGUCCACCUCAAUUCAAGUCGACGAUGCGACUCCUCGUGUCCCACUACCAGCACCAUACUGCGCCUCUGCCGAAUCCUACGCCAUGGGGCAUGUCCUUGCCAGCGUCGGCACCGACAUAUUCGACCCAAGGCGCGGCGAACGUUGCUCGCGCGUUCCUCGUGCUCAGCCUCUCGACCCCGCCUUGCGUAGAGCGCUGCAUACAGGCGCACAUGGCCGACACGGUACCCGAUCAAAUUGCGCUCUUUUGCGCGCCGCCCGCCGCGCUUCUCAGCGGUCCGCGCUGCGUCGACACAGUCCUCACCGAUGCAACGGGCGCUGCUAUCUACGUGUCGUCGCUUAUCAUCGACAACGACGCGUCAUCAGCGUAUGCAGUCGUGUCCUCGUAUCCGUACUUUUGCCUCUUCCACACCGUCCUGCGCUCGGUGGCAUCGGCCCCAACGCUGCCCGAGACGGCGCUUCGGGCGUUCUUGGCCGAGACCCCAUCGUCGACCGCUGAAUUCCUCGGCGUCAGCAUCGGUCCGAUCCCACGACCAGCGUCCUUUCUACCGUCUCAAGUCGACUUUGGCGUGCUCUUGCAGGCGCUCAGCGUCGACCACAUUCUCUUGGUUGUGCUAUACGUCCUCUCGGAGCGCCACGUCAUCGUGUGUUCGAGCAACCCGAGCCUCUUGACUCCAAUCUGCGAGACCCUUCGCGCCCUCUUGAGCCCGUUUUCGUCCCAAGCCGUGUACAUCCCCGUGCUCCCUCACUCGCUGCUUGAUUUUUUGCACGCCCCCGUGCCGUACCUCAUGGGCGUCGUCACCUCCGAGUCGACGGACGCAACGCUCCGCGGUCUCGACGUCAUCGUUGUCAAUGUGGAUGUCGACGCCAUUGCUGUGCCCCGGGGUCGCCACGCCUCCCUUCCGACUGUGCCCCGGAAGAGCCUCAAGCGCAUGGCGUCCAGCGUCAAAUCGAUCGCAGAUCACCACGGGCUGCCGCUGCGCGAAGCGACAAGCCCCGAUGCGUGGCGCGAGGUCCUCCUCCGGUACGGCCAAGCCGACCCGCACCGGUCGGUCGAGAGUGCCGACGCCGCCUGGUCGGCGCUUCGAGCCGCGUUCAGCGCCUUUCACUUUUCGCUCAUCCAAGGGUACGAAGCCUUUUACGAGCCCGCGACAACGAAGGACGACCGGCCUCGCUUUGACGCGGAGGGGUACCUCGAGGCCUUCCCGGACAAGCGCGGGUUUGGUGCAAAUUUCUUUACGACGCAGGCCUUUGCCGCGUUUCUCGAGGCGCCAUAA